GGUCGGUGUCGUCUCUUCCGGACCUGCUCUCAAGUGUCAUGGCGGCGCCCUGUCGGCUCGUGUCACGAUCCCUGAAGAUGAGCUGAGAGACAGACCGGUGAGAGACAGACCGGUAUGAAUGUGAUGUCAUCGGUGAUGCGGGGGGCCCGGCGGCUCGUCCACGCCAACCCAGCUCUGCUCACCAACUUCCUGCCCGUGCCCGCUCCUGGAAGCUCCGCCCCCCUGCUCACCUGUCAACAGAACAGGAAGUUUGCCUCCAAACAGGUCAAAGGUCAGAAGAGCCAGAAGGUCAAAGCUAAAGUGGACAAACAGGAAGUGGAGAUCAGACAGAGGAUGACGGUGGCGUCACUCGCCGAGGCCAUGAACAAAGACUUCGAUCACGUGUUUGAGGCUCUGUUGAACACCUCGGUGGAUCUGGACUCUCUGGAGCCGGACUCGGUUCUUGAGGAGCGGUGGAUUAAGGAGGUGGUGACUCGAUCUGGGAUGAAGUUCCGAUGGGCCAAACUGAGCGAGAGCCGAGAGAGACCCAACAGAGACGUCCACAGGAGACCUCCAGCUGACCCGUCCUGCCUGAAGCCCCGCCCCCCGGUGGUCACCAUCAUGGGUCACGUGGAUCACGGGAAGACGACGCUGCUCGACAGUCUGAGGAAGACUCAGGUCGUCACGACUGAGGCCGGAGGAAUCACGCAACACAUCGGAGCAUUCCGAGUCCAGCUGCCUACAGGUGAGACGAUCACCUUCCUCGACACUCCGGGUCACGCUGCGUUCUCCUCCAUGAGAGCCCGCGGAGCCAACGCCACCGACAUCGUGGUCCUGGUGGUGGCAGCCGAUGACGGUGUCAUGAAUCAGACGGUCGAGUCCAUCGAGCACGCUAGGAGAGCCAAAGUGCCGGUGAUCGUGGCGGUGAAUAAGUGUGACAAACCUCAGGCCGACCCCCAGAGAGUCAAACAGGAGCUGUUGGCCCACGACAUCGUCUGCGAGGAGUUUGGAGGAGACGUUCAGGCGAUCCACGUGUCGGCGCUGAAGGGCGACAACUUGCUGGCUCUGGCCGAGGCCACGGUGGCGCUGGCGGAGGUUCUGGAGCUGAAGGCGGAGCCGAGCGGCCCAGUGGAGGGAGUCAUUAUUGAGAGUCGCACCGACAAAGGCAAAGGCCUGGUAACCACAGCCAUCAUCCAGCAGGGGACGCUGAGGCGUGGCUCGGUUCUGGUGGCAGGGCAGAGCUGGGCUAAAGUCCGCUUCCUGUUUGAUGAGAACGGGCGAGUGGUGACAGAGGCGGGGCCGAGUGCAGCGGUGGAGGUGGUUGGCUGGAAGGAGCUGCCAUCUGCUGGGGAGGUCAUCCUGGAGGUGGAGUCUGAGCAGCGAGCGAGGGAGGUGGUGGAGUGGAGGAGUUAUGAGGAGGAGCAGCAGAAGCUGCAGGAGGAGCAGAGCGCCAUUGAGCGGAAGCAGAAAGAACAUCAGGAGGAGUACAGGAAGGAGAGAGCGGGGCUAAACCACCUGAGCUGGCGUCAGAGGAAGUCCGCUCUCUAUCGAGCGAAUAAGAACAAGUUCGCCGUGAGGCCGAGCGAGAGGACGCAGAGAGACGAGCCCAGCCUGCCGCUCAUCGUCAAAGGUGAUGUGGACGGCUCGGUGGACGCCAUCCUGAACAUACUGGACAGUUACGACGCUCAGCAGCAGUGUCAGCUGGAGGUCGUCCACUUCGGCAUCGGAGACGUUUCAGAGAACGACAUCAACAUGGCUGCCACGUUCGCAGGAUCCAUUUAUGGCUUCAAUGUCGGAGCCAGCCGGCCGAUCCAGCAGCUGGCAGCACGGCACGGCGUCCCGCUCCGACUUCACAACGUCAUCUACAAACUGAUUGACGAGCUGAAGGACGAGCUGAGCGCCAAACUGCCGCCACUCGUCUCCGAGAAUGUCCUCGGUGAAGCGACAGUCCUCGCCAUGUUCGACGUCUCCGUGGGAAAGAAGAGGGUUCCUGUUGCCGGCUGCCGGGUCCAGAAAGGUUGGCUGGACCGCGGACUCCGGUUCAGACUGAUCCGGGGACGGGACACCGUCUGGGAGGGUUCCCUGGUGGCGCUGAAACAUCACAAAGAUGACGUGCAGGUGGUGAAGGCGGGGAUGGAGUGCGGCCUGUCGACUGACGGCGACGUGGACUUCAGGCCAGGUGAUGUCAUCGUGUGCUUCGAGCACCUGGACACGCCGCAGGUCACUUCCUGGAACCCCGGCUUCUAAUUAGGACAUCACUUUGAGGGGGGCGGGGUCUGUAAACAGGAAGUUCAACAAACACUUGACGUGCAGACGACUUCCUGCCCCGUCACAUGUCGUCACUUCCUGUGGUGUUUCUAUAACGAAUCAAAACAAACUCACCUGAGAGCUGAGCAGGAAGUAAUGUAUAUAUUUAUGUUUGUUGCUGUCGAGGUGCGUUACCGUGGUGACAAAAUGAUUUGCAUAAAGGAACCACUAAAAAAUAAAAGUCUCUUCAAGUCA